AUUAUUUUGUCGACGUCGUCGUUUUACCGCUCCGAAUUUGAAUUCAAAACACAGUUCCGCUUAGUUCGCUUGCCGCCUUGUCGUCACAACAAUCUCUCUCUCUAAAACCCCUGCACAACCGCACACUAAUGACAUCACCGAUUCCCCUCUUAAUCGACGACAAAGACCUUGACGACGCCGCAUUAUGGGCCGUAAUCGACUCAGCUGCAGCCUCACAUUCCUCCUCUUCCUCCAAAUCUCGUAAACCUCUAGCCAUCAAAUACCCUAACUACCAAUCCCCACCCACUCCAAUCUCCCAUCCUUCUCCGCCUCCAAACCCUAAAAACCACCACCACCACAACCGCCGGCAACAACAAUACUCCCCUAACUCUGACCAUCACCGAUAUGGAGAGAUCGUUGACGCAAAUGUUCGGCCGCAGAAGAUGGCGAGAACGUGCGCGUCGGAAUUGAGCGAGAGCAGUCCUUUGAUUGUGGUGCAUCGAACCCCGCCGAGUCCGCCUGUUUAUAAAUCUCCCGAGGCAUAUUUAUCUCCAGGAAUUAGGUCGGAGAAUGAGGUGCAGGAGCAUGAUGUUUUGAAGCAUAGCUUGUCUGGGAUGUUUCCUUCUGUUUCCCUAUUCAAGGAGUACCAGAGCUCAGCUAUGGCGAUUUUGGAGAAAUCUGAUUAUACUAUGAUCUCUGGGAACCCUUUCAUAAAAAAGUCAGGUUGGAGGAAGAUAUCAUUUUACUUCAAUCUUUCCUAUGAAAUCAAAGACAAGACUAUAGAAUUCGAUGAAAACCGUAAUGUUCUUCGUGCUGAAUUUGUGGUUCGGGCAUACAUGCAGGGUGGUAGGUUCUCAGAUGGAUGGGGCUCAUGUGAUCGGCGUGAGAAGAGAUUUUUAAAACCAAACCAUGAUAUCCCGAGUACAGCAGAAACCAGAGCUAAAAAUAAAGCGUGCCAGGAUCUGCUAGGAAUUGGAGAGUACCGUCCUGGUGUGAACCAAGUUCAGAAAUAGAUAUUCAUUAAUAGCCUCAAAUUGGCAAUUCUGUUGACUAAAUUUUCUGUUAAUUACAUGGUGAGAAAUUAUCAUACUUGUGGAGCUAACAUAAACUUAAUAACCACGGAAGCACAAAAAUUCAUUUUAGUUCUUCACCUUAUUGAGAAGCUGCCUUCUGUAUUUUUCAACCAUCAAAGCCAUUCAUGUAUUUUUCAACCAUUAUUGUUGUGAAGUAAUCUGUUGUUAUCUGUA